UUUUGGUACAAAUAUUGGUCUUAUAGUUUAGGUUUACUACCUCGAGACAAUCAGGUGUUUUCAACAUGGGCAAAGCAUCAAGGGAUAAGAGGGAUAUCUACUACCGAAAAGCAAAAGAAGAGGGUUGGCGUGCUCGAAGUGCCUUCAAGCUCCUUCAAAUUGAUGAAGAAUUCAAUAUAUUUGAAGGAGUGAAGCAUGUGGUGGAUCUAUGUGCAGCGCCUGGUAGCUGGAGUCAGGUUUUGAGUCGCAAACUGUUUCUGCCUGCAAAGCUGUCACCUGAUUCAAAGGAAAGCGAUCUUCCUCUUAUUGUGGCUAUUGAUUUGCAGCCAAUGGCUCCAAUUGAAGGUGUUAUUCAAGUACAGGGCGAUAUUACAAAUGCUCGAACAGCUGAAGUGGUCAUUAGACAUUUUGAUGGAUGCAAAGCUGACCUGGUUGUCUGCGAUGGUGCUCCUGAUGUUACCGGACUCCAUGACAUGGAUGAAUUUGUACAGUCGCAACUCAUUUUGGCUGGUUUAACAAUAGUUACUCACAUACUUAAGAAAGGUGGAAAGUUUAUUGCAAAGAUAUUCCGGGGAAAAGAUACAAGCCUCCUUUACUGUCAGCUAAAACUAUUUUUCACAGAUGUGACUUUCGCAAAACCAAAAAGCAGCCGUAAUUCAAGCAUAGAGGCCUUUGCAGUUUGUGAGAAUUAUUCCCCUCCAGAAGGAUUUAAUGAGAAAGAUUUGCAUCGGCUCCUAGAAAAGGUUGGAAGUCCAUCCGGUGGAGAUGAUCUAGAUUGCAGUAGUGGGUGGCUAGAAGGGCCAAACAAGGUGUAUAUCCCAUUUCUGGCUUGUGGGGACCUCAGUGGAUAUGACUCGGACCGUUCGUAUCCCCUUCCUAAAGUUGCAGAAGGAACUUACCAAAGCUUGGAUCCAAUACAGCCACCAAUCGCUCCUCCUUACAAGAGAGCUCUUGAAAUGAAGAAAGCUUCGAAUCAUGGAAUCGGAGAUUUUGACAAGCUUUCCCUUGACCCAUGAUUGGAAUGGUUAGAAUUGAAAUAAUAUCAACUGCACUUUUUUGUUAUUAAGAAAGAACAUGGGUUGGUGGGACCAAGGGACCAAGACUGGAGUGACGACCCUGGAUUAUUAUACUAGUUUCGUUCAUUGUAUCUUGUUAAAUUGGCAAUGGUGAUUUUUCAAUGAAGGAAGAAUUCAGGGUAUGCUUGAGACAUCAGGAUUCAGGAAGAUGUGGGGGGUCCUUUUGAUGGUAUUGUAGGUGAAAUACUGAGGAAAUGAGUAUUGGAUUGAUUUUAGGUUUUUGAUGGUUUCUCAAUUUUGUUUGCUAUGGUUAAAAUGUUACGAGAGUAAGAAUACAGCAGCCUCGGGUUUGUUUUAGGUUGCAGAAAAGUUACGAGAGUAAGAAUAAGCAAUUUUGUCACUUGAUUGGAUUAUUGCAUUGGAUGAUUGUGGAUCUUUGAGGCUGGCUUUAUUUUGUUUGCUUUAAUGAAAAUGUUAAUGGCACAGGAAUAGAGGAAUGUGAAUC